GGAGUGCGCGGGGGCGCGAGGCGCGCGUGCGCGAGCGGCGGGGCUUUCUCCAGAGCCGUCGGAGGAAGCGGGAACGCAGCUGCUCAGUUGGUGAUUUGCUGGCUGUGGUCUUACAUGCACAAGUGAAUGGUGCAAACCGCAGAGCUGAUGGGUCAUGUGGAUGUUAAAUAUAUUUGAAGACUCUCACAUCCUUUCCUCCAGGACAGAACCAUGAAUAAACUGGAGGACAAGCAGGACCAGAUGAUACCAUGAAGAGAAGUUUACAGGUCCUCUAUUGCCAACUGUUAAGCUUCCUCCUGACCUUGGCCUUGACCGAAGCCCUGACACCCGCCACCCAGGAGCCAUCUCCCAGGGAAUCUCUUCAGGUCCUCCCCUCAGACAGCGCCCCAGGCACCAUGGAGACAGCGCCCGUCACCUCUAACAGACACUCUAUGCCAGCUGCCCACCGCUCCGUGCCGACCCCCCAUCUCGACGGACCCUCCUCACAGGCUUCAGCUCCUGCAGCCGCGACCUCAGCCCCAGCCCACGGGCACCCCCCUAUAAGCACGGCCACCGCCCCCCUUCCUGCCGUCCCGGCCACACUGUCCCGCUCCGAGCCUCGAGCCCCGGGCGACACUGUCCCCAGCGGUCCGCCCACGAAGCCGACAGAAACCGCCAGUCGCCACGCCACAGCGCCCCCUCGGGCAGCCACACGCAGACCCCCCCGGCCCCCCGGCUCGUCGCGAAGGGGGGCCGGCAGCUCCUCACGCCCUGGCUCACCCGUGUCCGGCGGCCACGCGGGUAGGAAGGAAGGGCAGCGGGCCCGGAACCAGAGCGCCACGCAUCUGGGGCAGAAGCGGCCCUUGGGCAAGAUCUUCCAGAUCUACAAGAGCAACUUCACAGGGGCUUCGGAGCCUGAUCCCACCACGCUCACCCCUGGGAACCUGCUCUGGGGUUCCUCCUUCUCACCACCGUCCCAGACUGUGGCCACAGACCCCGUGCCCAGCAGGACCUUGUGGGCACUCACCACCACCCCUCCCAUGGCUGCAGGGGACAAGCCAGGACUAAGCAGAGCAGUCCAGAGGGGUGGCGUCACCUUCACCAGCCAUGGAGGGAAACCGGAUGUCUCCGAAGCCUCAGGUGCCCCUGCCAGCCCACUCCCUACCCCAGUGCCUUCUCAGCGCCCCCGCGGCGACCCGCAGGUCAGCCCUAACUACUCUGACUCCUGGCUUACCGUCACUCCUGGCACCAACAAACCUCCCUCUCCCAGCCUGGGGGCCUCCGUGGCUGCCUUCAAUGUCAGUGUCUCAGCCCCUUCCGAGGGCACUCCUCAGGGAACAUCCAUAGCCCCCUGGGCCCCAGCCCACACCCCCACUUCCCCAGCCGAGGAGGAGGGGGCUGCGGGCACCCCUGCCAUGACCGCCGAGGUGCCCCGGCCUCUCUCCACGGUGGUAUCCACGGCCACAGGAAACUUCCUCAACCGCCUGGUCCCUGCUGGGACCUGGAAGCCUGGCACAGCAGCGAACGCCUCCCACGUGGCCGAAGAGGACAAGCCCCAGCACAGGGCCACCAUCUGCCUAAGCAAGAUGGACAUCGUCUGGGUGAUUCUGGCCAUCAGCGUGCCCAUCUCCUCCUGCUCUGUCCUGCUGACUGUGUGCUGCCUGCGGAGGAAGAAGAAGACCGCCAACCCGGAGAACAACCUGAGCUACUGGAACAACGCCAUCACCAUGGACUACUUCAACAGGCACGCCGUGGAGCUGCCCCGGGAGAUCCAGUCCCUGGAGACGUCGGAGGACCAGCUCUCAGAGCCCCGCUCUCCAGCCAAUGGUGACUACAGGGACACCGGGAUGGUCCUCGUCAACCCCUUCUGCCAGGAAACGCUGUUUGUGGGCAGUGAUCAGGUAUCCCAGAUCUAACCACAGCAGCCCUUGCUUUGCUGGCCCCAGUUUUUCAUCUCUAAAAAAUUAUGAAUAUACAAAUAUAUAUUAUAAAUAUAAUAUUUGUGUAACCCUGAAAAACGUUUUCCACUUCUUUUCCCCCCUAAGAAUUGUCAACUUCUUUUUUUUAUAAGUGUGGUUAAAAACAAAUCUUACAGAAUGAUUCGCGGCUUUCUAAAAUAAAGGUAUUUCUAAGCAAAGCAGUUGCACCGAGUGCUUGUCUUAGCGGAUGUGACUGGUGUGGCAGUAGCCCCAGCAGAUGAGGGGACCGCACGCGUACAAGUGGAUGUCAGGUGGGCCGGACUGUCCUUUGCGCUUCUGAAAGCUCAGGUUCCUCUUCACUCCCUGUGACCCCGUUUCCUCCACUUGCAUAUGCAGCUGAGGGGGCUAGACCGCCAAGGGGAAGCCAGUGGACUGACGCCAU